GCCCCCAAUUGCACGUUCUCUCUCUAGAAUUUCUGCGUGUCGGUUUUUGCUUCAUCUCAAUCUUAGCCAAAUUGCUUUACUCCCGACCUUUCACUAAAACCCUUCUCCACCUUUCUCUCUCUGUAGCUAUAUGUGUACGUAUAGAGAGAGAUUGAUAGAAAGCGGUAGUCUAGGGAUUUUAGUUUUGCUGCAGCUCUCUCUUUUCAGUUAGCAGUCACUUGCUUGAUCGUAGUUUAGGAUUUUAGUUCCUUUUUCCUGGUGUUAUCUGGUAUUUCGUGAUCUGGCUAGUUCUGAGUUCAAUCGCAAAGUUCCUUUUUCUUGAAUCAUCGCGCUUCUUAGGUGUGAUCUUAGUAGCUUUGGUUUGAUCAGUUGUUUCUUGGGCUGGAAGUUCUUUUUCCUGUUAAUUGAUCCAAGGAUUCCGUCUCGGAUUGCCUCAGAUCUUCGAAUAGAGCCUCGCAAAUGAUGGAUCUGAGUGAUAAAGGUUCAGAGUGUGAAGAAAUGAGUAGCCAAACACCAACCCCGGAUAGGGUUUCAUCUGACGGCUCAAACGUCAAGACUUGUGUUGAUUGUGGCACCUCAAAAACUCCCCUAUGGAGAGGUGGUCCUGCUGGACCCAAGUCACUGUGCAACGCGUGUGGGAUUCGGAGCCGGAAAAAGAGACGGGCGCUGAUGGGCGUUGCUAAAGAAGAAAAGAAAACAAAGAAAUCAACAAGUGGGAAGAACACGAGCCAUCAUCAAAGCAACAGCAGCAGCAGCAACAGUAGUAGCAGCAGCAGUGGGGAUAGUACGGGGAAGAUUGGUGAUUCAUUCAAGAAGAAGUUGUGGGCAUUUGGUAGAGAUGUAGCGUUGCAGAGACCAAGAUCAAACACUACAAGGAGGAGAAAGUUGGGAGAGGAAGAGCAAGCUGCGUUUCUUUUGAUGGCUUUAUCGUGUGGCUCUGUUUAUGCUUAGGAUGUGUGUACUCGUUGCAGUAGUAGUUGUACUCUUUUUCCCCUCUCUCCCACCCCUAAUUUCAACAAGGAGAAACAGCUCAAAUGGGCUUUUCAAGUGUACCUUUUGAGAGCAUAAAUCAAAGUUGUUCCAAUUUAAUUUUUGGUUAUAAUAUUUGUAAUUGGUUUUGUGAUGUAAGGUAUUGUAUGUGUUUAGUGCAGAAUUUCAAAG